AAGGCAAAGACAGGUUCUCAUCAGUAUAGAUCAUUUAUCCAUCUUAUGGCUCCCUUAUCAAACUACAUUUCUUUCCUUUUCCUCACUACCCUUGUGUUGCCUCUUCAUAUCACUGCAAGAGACAGCCAGUUCUUUAGCAAGGUCACCCAUUUCAACAACAACAACAAUGUCAAAGAGACUGAACUUCCCAACAAAGAAGCACCAGAAAUAAACAAGCCUGAACCACAACCAGCUUUCAUUCCUGAGACUGAAAACAGCUAUGGCCUAUAUGGUCAUGAUGAGUCCAAUGAACUUCCUUCCAACACCCCCACUCCCACUUCUUACCACCCCUACAAGGCUCAGUUUGAGGACCCCACCAAAUACCCCAACCCCAAAAACAAGUACUACAACAAUGAUGCCUACAACAACAAGUUUUACAACAAGGAUGCUUAUGGGGGUAACCAAUAUGAGUUAAGUGACACCAAGUAUACUCAAGAAGGAUACAACAACAACAACAACAAGUACUACAACAAUGAUGCUGCCAAUGAUAAAUACUACUACAACAACAACAGGUAUUUUCACAACAACAAUGUUGCUGAUAACAGGUAUAAUGGUGAGAAGCAAGGGAUGAGUGACACCAGGUUUUUGGAGGGUGGAAAGUAUUUUUAUGACCUUAACGCGGAGAAAGAGACGUACAAUCCAACAUACUAUGGUGAGUCAUCCAGAGGAGUGAACACUGAAAACUGGCACAACAACAGAGGUAACUACAAUGGAUACCAGAACCAGGAGGAGUUUGAAGAUGAACAAGAGAACUUCGAGCCAUGAGCUUGGAUCAUUGGCAAAGUGAAGAAUUCACUAUACUUUUGAGUAUCCGCUGUGGCUGUUCCAUGUUUUUAUUUCAAGAAAACACAAAGUUAAAGGAUGAUAUGUUAAUUAUGGCGGGCUUUUAUUUUCAUAUUUUUAUACUUAGUAGUACUUCUAUUAAGUCUUGUCUCCGGAAUUGCAUUCUCUGUGUCUUGAUCUGGAAAUUCCGCAUGAAGUACGAGAGAAUGAGUAACUCUGCUUACAACCUAUUAAUAAGUUGUAUAAUGUGAAGUAUAAGCAUGUAUGUUACCUUGCUCGAUUUUUCUUUUA